GCGUCUCUACUUCUGGUCGCAAGGCAAACCAGGUGCACAGGUGCUCCGGAAAGCAGCUUUAGUAGACUUCUAUGCAUUCUGUUAUUAACGAUUAGUGUUACCGCAACACUUUUGCACUAGACUAGAUGGCAUUCUCAUUUUUUCCCCUUUUCUUCUCACACUUUGGCUACGUUUAGUGAGAUCGUGGCAGUCAGGUGAAAACUGUGCGCGGGCUCUUUAAGGAGGUACCUGGCUAUCUGCAGGGGGCCGAGCCGCAGCUCUACUGUGCUGAAGUGCCCUCUGCCUUUUUUCUGUGGCAAAGAAAAAAACACGAAAAAAGCUAACGUCAGAAAGUAGAAAGAGACGCCGUGACAGUGCGAGGCGUGUGGCGGAAGAGUAAAGGGACAAUGAGCUGACCGUCGCUCCCACCCCCAUUGUGAAUGGUAGAGAUAAAAGAAGAAGAAGAAAAAAACUUUAGAAGCAGCGGCUUGUUGAUCGGUGGCUCCGGAGGUUCUUCGCGUGUACUUCCAGCCAUUGUGAAGAGGCGCGGAGGGCGCCCCAGCACUCCUAUUCGUGAUGCGGCGUUUAUUCUAAGAGCCGCACGCAGGACACGGCAGACAAGACGUGCGAGGUGCGGCCGUGCAGGAAAUGAGAAACACCGCGUGGGAAGACCCACUCUCCUGACCUAAACGCGGCGGUAUAACCGGAGAGAGGGAAACACCAUGGCCUCGAAGGAGCGCCUCUACGAGCUCUGGAUGCUUUACUUCACAACGAAAGACUUGAAUUACCUGCAGCAGUGGCUGGAAGUCUUUGUGAGUUCAUUUGAGAAAAUCAUUGACGUAAACUCUCUGGAACCAAGACGCCCAGAGGAUUCGUCUUCAGAGAUUCCAUUACUCCCAAAAGAUGUGUUAAAUAUCCUGAGUAACCAGCUUGGUCACCGUGGCCAUCAGUUAACUGCUGGAGAAGAUGUUCAGAACAACAUUAAACAGUCACUGCUGCUCCUUAAGUUCCUCAUUAUCAUUUGCAGAAACCUUGAGAACAUUGAAGUUAACAAAACUCCAGGCUUUCUCUUUGAGACACUCAGAUUACUGAAAUUUUGCAUUGAUGAGCUGAAGAGGGUGGCAAAUAAUCAGUCAUUUUUGGAGACUGUGGUACUUUAUAGUUUACACCUUUGUGAGUGUGUCUAUGACCCUUAUCAGACAUGGAGGAGACAACUCAGUGGGGAGAUUGUGAGCACCCAGGAGCGGAACAAGUACAAGUUUUUACCUGCCUUGCUGCCAGAGGAUUUCACUGCCUUUUUUCACGAAAGUUUCCAGAACAGUGAGCAGCUGCCAGAGUUUCUAAGGCUGCGACUAGUGCAUCUAUAUGGGGCUGUUAUCAGUGGAAGCAAGACAAACGCAUUGGUGGCAAUUACAUCUUUGGCAGCAGAUGACCUUCUUGGAAUUCUUGGCUCUUGGUGCAACCCCAGUAACUUGGAACCCAGGGAUCCCCAACUGCUUCAGUUGUCCCUGCAGUGCCUGAUUGCUAUGAUACACAUCCUCCAUGGCAGCAGCUUGGAUCAGCGACGAGUAGAAAUCAGGACAAUCCUUGACAGCUACUUCCGAGUUCUCAAUUCUGACUGGCCAGCCACUAUACUGGACACAGAGCAGAGAAAUACCCUGGAGGAACAGCUUGUAACACUUCGUACAAGCAUGCUGAAUGCUAUCCCUGAAAUGUUGAAUUGUGCAGACCGUCCAGUCCUUCAAGCCAUUUUCCUGAACAACAACUGCUUUGAACACAUUCUGAGACUCAUUCAGAACAGUAAGCUUUAUCUGAACAGUAGAUGUAAAAAGGAGAGCGAUGGUGCCUGUGACCUCGCCACACAGUUACUGACAGAAAUUGAUAUUGACCAGGUACUUGAUAAGGGAUAUGACUGUAUUACUGCCCAUGCCAUACGGGUCCUAACCGCCAUCAUGAGUAGCUCUCCUUCGGCCAAGGAAGUAUUUAAGGAGAGAAUAGGUUACUCACACCUAUAUGAUGUCCUCUUAUGUCAGGGGCAGCCUUCCAGACAACUCCUCCAAGAGCUUAUGAACAUGGCUGUGGAAGGAGAUCAUUCUCAGAUUCCACUGGUCAACAUCAAAAAUGAACAACCUCUGCUCCUACUGGUUCAGUGGCUUCCAGAACUAACUUCAUGUGAUCUUCAGAUCAUUGUAUCUAGUUGGUUAAGUCAAGCGUGUGGGAGUUCAUUACAUGGACGUCUUACAGCAGUCAAAGCUGGACUUGUUGCUGCUGUCUUAGAAACACUGUCACACCAUCAACGUCUUAACAGGAAGUGCGCAGAUAAUUUGAUUAGUCUUCUCCAGUCUCUGGGGGCCAUUUCUCUUCGUCCAGAGGAACUGAAACGACUACUACUUCUACUCAAGCCACCAUCCAUUUCCCCAGAGGUUGCACAUCCAUACUGUGGCAGAGUGAUACGUGCGCUCUCAUCAAUGGCAGAUCAAGAUGAGAAGGCUAGUGCACUACAGUAUUUUGAUCUGAGUCACAGUAUGGCAGGCAUCAUGGUGCCCACUAUUCAACGCUGGCCUGGUAAUGGUUUUGCCUUUCAUGCAUGGCUAUGCCUCAGUGCAGAGCCUAAACAUCGUCAGGUUGCGCAGCGACUAAGAGGAGCACAGCUGCGCAGAAAACAGUUGUACAGUUUUUUCACUGGAAGUGGAACAGGGUUUGAAGCAUUCUUUACAACUGAUGGUAUGCUUGUGGUGGCAGUGUGUACCAAAAAAGACUACAUGACCAUUGCACUGUCAGACUUUACCUUCACUGAUUGCACUUGGCAUUCAGUUACCGUUGUUCACACUGCUGGACGCCGACCCUUUGGCCAGAAUAUCGUCAGUGUCUAUAUAGAUGGGAAGUUAAAUAUGUCUGCACAGUUGCGCUUUCCAUCGGUUGGUGAGUCCUUCACCUCAUGCUGUAUAGGUUCAGCUGGUCACCGAACAACUACAACCAGAAUUGCAUUAUGCUCCCCAGUACUCACUCCUGAGCCCCUUUUCCUAAGUCAUGCACCACCACUAAGUCGCUCUCAGUCAUUCCCAGCUUCUGUUAUGGGCUCACCCAUGCAGAAUUCCCUUGUUCACACCAUACCCGCUGGCAACCAGGACAUGGAAUGGGGAACCCCUACAUCAUUAGAAGGCAUGCUGGGAACAGCUUUUGUUUGCCAUGACACUCUACAGCCAUCACAGAUCAAAGCGCUGCAUUCUGCAGGUCCAAAUAAUGUGUAUCCAUUUAAAGCUGAUGGAGAGCUGGCAGAAGUAAUCAGCAAAGUUCUUCUUUAUUACACUCCAAAGGCUUGCAAAGACCACAUCUGCUAUGACUUGUCACUGAAUCACCAGUACGAUGGCAGGCUGACUGGGCACAAAGUGACCAACUGGAAUGUCAAAGAUGUGAUUAACUGUGUUGGUGGUAUGGCAGUCCUUCUACCCUUGUUAGAGCAGAUGGCCUGGAAGAGUGAAGAUAUUGAAAGUUAUGAGGAAACCACUGAGUUGCUGGGACCUGAGCUGACUGCUUCACAGAACACCCCUGGCAUUCUUCUCCCUCUAGGAAAACCCACAGAAGAAAGACUGGAAAAAAAUACUGUAGCAGCCUUUCUUCUAAUGGUGAAAAAUUUCCUGCGAAAUGACCCCAUUAACCAGGAAAGCUUGGUCCAGUGCCAUGGGCCUGCCAUCAUUGGAGCGCUUCUACAGAAAAUGCCAAGCACUCUACUGGAUAUGAAUGUACUUAUGGCCUGCCAGGUUCUGAUGGAGCAGGCAAGCAAUGAAGGGAACAGUGUGCUUCUGCAACAUCUCUACCAACACAUCCUCUUCGACUUCCGGAUCUGGAGCCAGAGUGACUUUGCUGUGCGCCUAGGGCAUAUUCAGAAUUUGUCAUCUGUUAUCAAAGACCAUAAGCAGAGGAUCCGUAGGAAGUACGGAGUACAGUACAUCCUCGAUUCCAUCAGGACUUACUAUGGGGCAGAGAAGGAAGGCACGGUACCCGCAGAUGAUGUCCGGACUGUGCAGACAACCCUGUUCUCCCUGGUGAAAGAUUUCCUGUCAAAAGGGGUCACAAAUGAGGAGCUACAGUGUGCCUUGUCGUAUGCAACUGCUGUGGGUGAUGAGCAGCAGGUGUGUGGAAUCUUGGAGGUGAUCCACAACUUGCUGCGGGGUAGUCCUUCAAAAGAACAAUUGUUUUCAGUCCUUUUUGACACAGGAAACAUUGAGGCCCUCUACUCUCUUCUUCUGCAGAAGAAAUACAGUGAUGAUUUACGGGAAAGAGUCUUCAAAAUCUUAUACAAAAUCUUGAAAUAUGACAAGGUCCCUGAGAGAAGUAAACAUCGCCUAAAACUGAAGGAUAUUGGCUAUCAGGGCCUUAUCUGCUACUUGAAUGAAAUUACUGUAUCCAUGUCUCUAAUCCGAUGUCUCUGUGAGCAGGUCCUAGCAGCAGAUAACAAUCCUAACUACAGAGAUUUGCUUGCUGUUGUCUUUUUGUCCCAUCGGGCAGACCUCACAGUCCGACUCGACAUUUGUCGCAAGCUUUUCCACCUUAUUUACUCCAACCAUGAAAAUGUUCAUCAGUUGUCACGGCAGGCUAGCUGGCAGGACACUUUGACUAAGCUUUAUAUUAAAGAGUCAUAUGAGUCCAGGGCUGACAGUUUAUCAAGUUCGUUGGACCUUCGCAACCAAAAUGGAAUGCACUUAUGUCGUCAGGACUCUAACACCCCAGAUCUACUGGAGGACCAACAUGUUGUUAUGGGAGAUAUCACAGAUUCUGUCUUUUUGCCUUUCACCUUUGAGCACUCAGAUAUUGACAUUUCUGAAGGUUUUUCUGACCUCUCUCUUUCACCAAGCAACAAUUUUCCAUCGUGUACGCUGAAAUCAUAUGGGAACUCAAUGAAUUUUAAGUCCUUUGAUUCUCUGGACAGGGCUAGCCAUUCUUCUUCCAACACCAUUGACAUCCCAGGGGCUGCUGAUUGUUGUCAGCAUCCUGAAGAGGAUAGCCUCUACCAUCCUUUGUCACCUUUUGGAAUGUCUCCUUUUGAGUUGGGGCUGGAACUGGCCAGUAGUGGCUCCAUAGCUACAGUGGAAAGCGGCAACCAGACACCAGUCAGCCAGGUUGAUACCCCAUCACCUUUGGAGACCUUCAAACCCUUUCCUGGCAUGCAGGUGCGCAAGAGUUCUAGCCUCUCUAAUGUACUUGAUGAAAGCAGCUACCAAGAACCACUUCCUGGUGAUAACACAUCCAACACCAGCAACCCACAGCAAACUCCAGAAGAAGAAUUAUGUAAUCUAUUGACCAACAUUAUUUUCUCUGUGAUGUGGCGUGGAGUUGAAGGCAGUGAUGAUGCUGCCUGGAAAGAGCGAGGCCAGGUGUUCUCUGUCCUUACCAAGCUUGGCUCAUCCUGGGAGCUUAUAAGAGCCCCAGACGAAAUUAAACGUAGCCUUCUUGAGAUGAUGCUGGAAUCUGCAUUUUCAGAUAUCAAAGACAGCUCAACACCUGUUUUGCUUAGUAACGCUCAGAAUGUUAUAAAGCUACUUCGUCUUCUUCAGGACUUCCUCUUUGCUGAAGGCCACAGCAACCAGGCUUUGUGGAGUGAAAAGAUUUUUGAAGGUGUUGUUAAUCUGUUGGAUAAGAUGCAAGCAUGGUAUUUCCCUGUGAAUGGUACAAAUGACUCAAGGGAGAUGGCCCAGAUUGGCUUGCGCAUCAUAACAGGUUACAUCCAGCAACAGAAUUCCCAGAUUUGUGCAAUGGCUUGUGUAAAGCUGCACAGCCUAUUACAGACUGUUCUUUCACUGCACAAGGAAGAAGUGUGUUUUCUCCUGGGCCGGCUCAGUGGUCCUUUAUGUCAGUCACUGACUGGCGGCCGAACAGAUACUUUUACCUACCUAGUUCCCAUUGUGAGGACGCUACUGGACCAGCACUUUGAGCUGUUAGACCUUCAGCAUCUGUUACCAUCUCUUCCACCCACAAAUGGCAGCACCACCUUUUUUGAAGAUCUUCAGCAUUACUGUACCACUCAGGAGUGGCAAAGCUUUAUUGAAAAACAUAUUCAUCCCGCUGUGUCUUAUUACGAACUCGAGACUUUUGGCAGAAGCCAUGAUCUUAUGUCGAAUUUCUGGAACUCUUGUUUUGACGCAUUAAUGAGCAGCUCUCUUCGUAGAGAAAAGGAACGUGAAGAGAGCAAGUUAAAGUUUCAGGAGCUGUUUGUGGAUACCUACUUGAAGAAGAUGCGUAGUGAGAAUCUGCGCUAUUCGAAUAUGCUGAAGCAAGUCAACAGCCAUCACAUUACUGUAUUUCACCAGUGGAAAUCUAUCCGACGUCUUGUUUCUUGCGAAAGGGGUGCCUGGGCUGAACGUCCUCAACUUGAAAUGAAAUUGAAGUUAUCAAGUGCUGAGACCUACUCCAAAAUGAGGCUUAAACUUGUCCCUAAUUACAACUUUGACUCACAUGCUGAUGCCAGUGCUCUAAGAGACAACAUGGGAGCUGAAAACCUACAUAGUCAUACAGACACUAUACCCCUUGCUGUGGCCAAAGAAGCUAAAGUCAGAGAUAUGGCAGAUGACCAGCUAGAAGAAGAAGAUCUCGUCUUUUUAGACAACCAAGUGGAGGUUGAUGAGCAGAACCAGAAAGAGAAACUGGUUAUUUCUGAAGAUUGUGAACUCAUCACCAUUGUGGCUGUGAUACAGGGUCGACUUGAGGUCACCACACAUCACAUAUAUUUCUAUGACGGAAGUCCGGAGAAAAAAGAAACUGAGGAAGGCAUUGGUUACGAUUUCAAACGGCCCUUAUCACAGCUGAGAGAAGUACACCUGCGUCGUUACAAUUUGCGCCGAUCAGCCCUGGAGUUUUUCUUCAUUGACCAGGCUCAUUACUUCAUCAACUUCAGAACGAAGGUAAGAAACAAAGUGUACACUCGAAUUUUGGGUCUUCGUCCCUCUAACUUGUUUUAUUUUGGAUCUCGCUCCCCACAAGAACUGCUAAAGGCCUCUGGUCUCACACAGAAAUGGGUUUUCAGAGAAAUUUCAAAUUUUGAAUAUCUAAUGCAACUAAACACUAUUGCAGGCAGAACCUACAAUGACCUCUCACAGUACCCCGUGUUUCCUUGGAUUCUGUGUGACUACAGUUCAGAUACACUUGAUCUGGACAACCCUUCUGUCUUCCGGGAUCUUUCCAAGCCUAUAGGUGUUGUCAACAGUCGGCAUGCCAAGGAAGUUAAAGAAAAGUACGAGAGUUUUGAGGACCCUACUGGUAUGACUGACAAGUUCCACUAUGGGACACACUAUUCCAACUCUGCUGGAGUCAUACACUAUAUGAUCAGGGCAGAGCCUUUCACCACCUUACACAUUCAGCUGCAGAGUGGCAGGUUUGACUGUGCAGACAGACAGUUCCACUCCAUUCAGGCUGCUUGGCAAGCUCGCAUGGAAAAUCCAGUUGAUGUGAAAGAGCUAAUUCCUGAAUUCUUCUAUUUUCCAGAGUUCUUAAAGAACAUGAAUGAUUUUGAUCUUGGAUGCCUUCAAAUGUCUCAGGACAAGGUGAACAAUGUUGUCUUACCGAAAUGGGCCGACUCCCCAGAAGACUUCAUCCGAAAACACAGAAAUGCUCUUGAGUCCGAGUAUGUUUCUGCUCAUUUACAUGAAUGGAUUGACCUUAUUUUUGGCUACAAGCAAAGAGGACCAGAUGCAGUUGAAGCUCUAAAUGUAUUCUACUACUGCACAUAUGAAGGUGCAGUUGAUUUGGAUGCCAUUGCAGAUGAGACGGAAAGGAAAGCUUUGGAAGGGAUGAUCAGCAAUUUUGGCCAGACUCCCUGUCAGUUACUAAAAGAGCCUCACCCAAAACGGCUGACUGCAGAGAAUGCUGCGCGGCGACAGGCCCGCCAUGACACCAUUCCUCCCAAUCUGUUUGAUAAUCUGUCCCAGCUGAAGGCCUUCGUUGAGUGUAUUGUUGAUGGUGUGCCCUUGGUACAAGCCGUAGUCCCAAAGAACCAGGCACGAACAUUCAUGACUCAGACUUAUCACGAUAUUCUGGUCACAGUUUGUGCAAAUGGCUUGAUUGGCACUCAUAGUUGGCAGUCCUAUGAUAAAAAUAUUGCUAACUAUUUCAGUUUCAACCGGGACCCAACCAUCUCUAAUCCAAAGACUCAGCGGUUUUUGAGCGGCCCUUUCUCACCUAGUGUAGAAUUGUCUUCUAAGAUCUUGGUAGUCUCACAUGAUGGAAAGCUUCUCUUCAGCGGAGGACACUGGGAUAACAGCUUGCGGGUGACAUCACUUAGCAAAGGAAAAGUUAUUGGACAGAUUUUGCGCCAUAUUGACAUUGUAACCUGCCUCGCUAUUGAUCUGUUUGGAAUUUACCUCAUCUCUGGAUCUCGAGACACCACUUGUAUGGUCUGGCAAGUCCAGCAGCAGGGUGGAUUUGCCAGUGGUCUUGCUCCCAAGCCAGUUCAAGUUCUUUAUGGACAUGAUGAUGAAGUAACAUGUGUCGCAAUCAGUACAGAGUUGGACAUGGCAGUCUUGGGUUCAAAGGACGGCACGCUUAUUAUGCACAGUGUGCGCCGGGGGCAGUUCAUGCGCACGCUGUGCCCUCCAGUUGAGAGUAGCUUGCCAGUCACAAUUUCCAAUGUGGCCAUAGCAGUGGAGGGACAGAUAGUCACUCAAACCAUCAUUGAGGGGAAGAGCAGCCAUUAUGGUAAAGAUAAGAAUCACCUUCAUCUUUACUCUGUAAAUGGGCAGCUGCUGGCCUCUGUGCCAUCAGAGGAGCAGGCAACCGCUCUUUGUCUGUCCCAGGAGCAUGUAAUCCUGGGUACUGCUCAAGGUUCUUUACACAUUAGGGAUUUGUACAGGUAAGUUGCUCCACAUGAGCAAAGUAUUGCAUCUGAUGUGUGUCUGAGCAAAUCAAAAGAUUAUUUGCACAUGACAAAAUAAGGCUUUGUUCAGUUACAGGCUGCAUGAUGUUUUUAAGUUCAAGUUUUGUUUGGUUUAUGACAUUGUAAAAGAGGGGAGCAUCUCUGAGCCCCAAACCCUGGAUUCAGUCAACACAGACACCGUCAUGGAUUCAUAUAUGAUGAUUUAUUCUUUACAGGCCCUUGGUAUCACAGCACACCACAUAAUAAAGAUUUUUUUCUUCCUUCUCCUUCCU